CUUUUCGGUUUCUCAAGAAAUUUCUCGGGGGCGGCUUGCAGGUUGCAGCGACUCUGUCUUUUCUUUUCUCUUGGGGAGAAAAGAAAACUAGGGCGGCCGUGGCCUUGGGAUUCCCGCGUAUUCGGUGUCUCUCUCUGUAUCCGCGGAAGCCAAAAUCCAAUCCAAGCCUCGGACAAUCCGAUUCCAAUUCCGAUUCCGGCGUCUCCCAACAAAUCCCGGGACCAAAUAAUCCGGUCAAUUCUUUACAUUUCAACUCAUUUCGUUGAUUGGCGGCGAGCUUCUACUGCCCAGCGUGCAAAAUUCGGAUGGGAACUCCGGAAUUCCCAGAUCUGGGUAGGCAUUGCUACGUCGCGGAGUGCCAGCAGAUCGAUUUCUUGCCCUUCACUUGCGAUAGCUGCCAUCAGGUAUUUUGUUUGGAGCAUAGAAGCUACAUUAAGCAUAAUUGUCCGAACGGUGACAGAAACAAUGUUACUGUUGUCAUCUGUCCCCUCUGUGCCAAAGGAGUUCAUCUGAUUCCCGAUGAAGAUCCAAACAUUACUUGGGAGAGACAUGUUAACACUGAUUGCGACCCUUCUAAUUAUGAGAAAGCCACAAAGAAGAAAAAAUGUCCUAUCCCUGGCUGCAAGGAGAUCUUAACAUUCUCCAACACAAUCAAGUGCAGGGAUUGCAUGGUAGACCUCUGUUUGAAGCACCGAUUUGGACCUGAUCACAAGUGUCCUGGACCCAAGAAACCAGAAGCAGGAUUUCCCUUUAUGGGCUACUUAAGUAGGAGUAGGAAAGAAGUGUCAAAACCGAGUCAUGCUCCUGCCGCAUCAUCCCCGAAGUGGGGUAGCUUUCUUACUGCAGCUUCAUCUUUUCGAGCCUCAGCUGAAGCAAGUGUUGCAAAACUGAGUAGUGAACUUAGCCAAAAGUGGCAGAUAGCAAAGGAUGGAACGGGGCCGAGCAGCAGCAGCAGUGGGAGUAGAAACGGGCAGGUUGAGGUGUGUCCUCAGUGUGGUGCUAAGUUUUCCUCAGUCACCACACUAGUAGACCAUGUAGAAAAAGUCCAUGAGAAGAGUGGCAACCGAGCUGCUGGGGUGAAGAAAGUAACAAUUGAUGCCUGCCCGAAAUGUAGCAAAGGAUUUCGUGAUCCAGUAGCACUUGUAGAGCACGUUGAGAGAGAUCACGGCGGUACUUCAAGAGCAUAGGUAUCAUUUUUGGAGAAAGUGUUUGUUAUUUGUAUUUUCUUUUGGAUAUAAAUAUCGCGGUUCACAUUGACAAAUUGCAAAUGCAUAUAGUUUUUAAGCAUUCGGAUGAACUGUUUGUGUUGUAAGCUGUCAAAUUGAAUACAAAAUUGUUUGAGAAUAUCGAUUACCUAUUAACAGCCGAA